UUGUCAGGGAUCUGUUUUAUGAACAUUUUGUUUAAUUGGUUUAACUGAAUAAUURCACCAGGGUAAAUAUCAGACACGUGGCUGCUCCUGCACAGACAGCAUGUUCUCCUUGCAGCCAUGUGCUGCUGAUGAACUUCCUCGUCCCGCAGGAGGAGGAGGAUGGAGGAGGCGUGACGUCGCCAUCUGCAGACAGGCCCGUACGGCAGGGGGAGCGGGCAGAGGAGGGCCGCUGCGUGCUGCUGCAGAGCGGCCGAGGCUGCAAACAACCACAGCAGCUUCCCGGAGACGACACACCACCACGAAUAAUGCGGCACGGCCCGCAGAGCCCUGCGCUGAUGUGACCGUGUCCGCUGGAGCGCGUCUCGUCUCGGAGGGGACAUGUCCUCGCUAACCGUGGAGGAGAACCAGAGCUGGGUGCCGACGCACGUCCAGGUGACGGUGCUGAGGGGCAGGGGCUUACGAGGCAAGGGCAAGCACGGCACCAGCGAUGUGUACACCAUCAUCCAGCUGGGGAAGGAGAAGUACUCCACAGGCGUGGCGGAGAAGACCACCGAGCCGGAGUGGCGCGAGGAGUGCUCGUUCGAGCUGCCGCCCKGCGCGCUGGAGCCGGGCGGCGAGCGGAGCGGACACCCGGCCGGGAGCACCGAGCUGGUCCUGACCGUCAUGCACCGGGCGCUGAUCGGGCUGGACGUGUUCCUGGGACAGGCUGUGGUCCAGCUGGAUAAAGUGUUCCAAGAGAGCAGAUGCGUAAAAAACGAGUGGUACAGACUUAACUCUAAGACGGGGAAAAAGGAGAAAGAGAGAGGAGACAUCCAAGUCACCAUCCAGUUCACCCGUAACAACCUGACAGCCAGCAUGUAUGACCUAGUCAUGAAGGACAAGGGAGCCUCCACCUUCAGCAAGCUAAAAGAGCGCAUGAGGGGGAAGAGGAGAUCCAGUGAAGACGACUCCUCCUCGGCCGUCCUCCCGAGCGGAUAUGGCUCCCUGUACCGCAUGCGCCAACGACUGCCAAGCGACGGAGGAGGAGAGGAAGAUUACGAGGACGAUGAGGGGGGCGAAGUCCGGCGGAGUAAGAUGAGGACGUUCUUUUUGAGGGGCAAGUUGCGGAAAUCGUCGGACACUCGCUCCAGCACGUCUCUGGGCUCGGAGAGCAGCGAAUCAUCAUCUCGAGGUGGGAGCCUCAGCCCCACCGCCGGGAUCAGUGUGGUGGUGUCGGACCUCUCCAACUCCCCCAGUAACAGCAGCAACUUCACCGCAGACAACAGUCCAGAGCACACGACCAACACGUCGCCCAAGUCGUCCUCUCUCAAAUGUGACUUUGAUUCGGAGGCCGGUGAAAUCACCAUCACAGUGCCUCAGUCCGCUGUUUGCGUUAACGGAAGCCAUGCUUACGACGUCCAGCCUCCGGACCGAGGCUCGGGAAAACCGGCAGGUUCUUUAGGCCUGGGACCGUUGCAGAAGUCUUUGCCCCUCUCCGUCUCUUUACACAACCUCGGCACCUCCACCCGCGACCUCCCCAAGGGCCUCGUGGGAGACGGGCGGCGCUGGUCUGUGGACAGGCCCGGCGAGGAGGAGAAAGCCGCCAUAGCGGCAGCCAUGGAGAAAAGUGGCCCCGUGCUGGGCGAGGAAGAUGAGCGGCUGGAACUAAAAGCUGCCUCGGCGUCUUCUGCUUCGAAGGCGGAGCCGGAGAGCCUGGGGAAAAAGCAGAGGAAGAACUUGUUCUCACAUGGGCGGGGUGAAUCUGGAGGGAAGGGUCAGAGUCGGUGGAAGGACGAGUCUGAACAGGUCUCUGCUGUCUCUCAGGAGAAACACAAGGGUUGGUUUGGAUCAAAAGACCCGCACAGCAAACYCAGCCUGGUGGUCUUCWCUAAAUUAGAGCCCAGCAGUGACCCCAACCUACCACCUUUUCCACCUAGCCACCACCCCCUAGGUCCCCUUGCAGAUUCUGCCUCUUUGRUUUCUACACUGCACCACACUAACCCCUUCUGCCAUUUGCCCACCGCACCCUUUCCUUUAUCCCUCUGCAACCCAUUCUACUCGCUCCAGCAGCACAACCCUUUCUGUGAAGAUUUACUAACCACUCAGCUGCUAAAAGCUUCACCACCUCCUUUGCCUCAUCUUUCCAGCUCCAGACCCCCCAUUACCCAACUUUUUCCACAGCCAAGUAACCCUAACCCUGUUCUGACCCAUGAUAAUCCAUCUGUAGAGGACAGCAACACGGACACUGAUCCACACAGCGAAGUGACAUCCAGAGUUGAGAAAAUACCUCUUCCUGCGUUUCCCAUGGAAGGGAAGGAAUCUCUACCGCAGAAGCCAUCAAACCCUUUUCUGUCUGAACCAGAUUCUGAAUGGGAUAACUCUUUUGAUGCAUUUGCAGCUUGCAGGCUGCAGUCCACUGAUGACCUCACCACAGGAAGCAGAGCACUGCAAAAUGCAGUCAGUGACCAGCCACUGGAACACUACAAUAAUAAAAACGAGCAAUGGACCAUCAUAAAUGCUGAUGAAAACACAAAUAAUAAUGACUCUCUGUAUCAUCAGCCUGAGGACACGUUUUUAUUUGAGAUGUCUACGAUUCCCAGCCAGGUGAAGUACAGUAACACUUAUCACCAUGACACUUUCCAACAUUUUCUUGAAACAAUCCCAGAGCACAGAAGCUUUGAGAGCGAUGAAUUAACUUUUGAAACUCCCACUAACUCUGCAAAGCUGAGUCCUCGCACCGAAACCGAACAGGACAGCAACACUACUAGUAGUUUAGACACUAACAUUAAUCCAGCUGCCUUCAACAUUUUUGCCACACCGCUAAGCAGCAGCUCCCCAGACCCGAGUACGUCUGGCAUUGGCAGUUCAACAGAAGAUGAUGGCUUCUCCUAUUUUUCCUGUCAGUCAGACAAAUUUUCAGCAUCGUCCUCUGAAGCUGAAAGCAACACACUCCAAUUUGAGAAGUCAGCUGUGGAAAAAAAUGUAAAACCCUCAGAGCCUGAAGAGAGUAUUGCUGACAGGUCAGAUGAUCUAUUGAUUUCUGUUUCCAAACAAACAAUAACGAAGAAUGAAGAUCACUGGGAAAAACUCGACCUGAGCAGUUCAGAGGUGUCUUUGACACCUGAAAUACCAACUCUUAGACCUGUAGCUGCUAACCAGGACAGUGAAAGCAAAAGUGAAGACACUCAGAUACCAAACACUUUCAAUUUGUUCCCUGAUCUGUUGAUGAAACCCUUAGAACCUCAGCUAAAAUCCUUUGUUUCGUCACAGUCAACCAGUGAAAUCAGAGAAGAAAGUACAGCUCCUACAGUGGAUUUUUUUAAGGAUUUUGAUUGCUUUGUAAAAAAUACUGAAGAUCCAAUGAUUCCUGAGUCUCCGUUUGGGGACUUACUUUCCACACUACCAUCAUUAGACAUCAUAACUUCAUCUCCUUGUGCCAAGCUUGAUAUGUUAAAUGCAACUUUUGAGAAUACUGUUUUGGGAGAGCAGGAUGUACCGUUUAGCUAUUUCAGUGAUUCUCACGACAUCAGCCACACUGAGAACAGUCCUAGUCAAGACUUUGGUAGUAAUUUCUUACAAGCACAGACAGCUGAUCAAAGUAGCAGCACCUUUCUUCAAAGCCCUUUUGUCAGUGCCCACCUGCAGAAUUACCAAACCAGUGAUUCUCACCCACGCUUUGAAGAUUUUGACAUCUCGGAUCAGAAUGACACUCCGGACUCUGGAAACUCAACAAUCUGUGGGGACUUUAGUGACAUUCAGACAACUACUGGUUUUUCAGCGCUAGAAGAUGGUAGGAAUGAAUCAAAGUCAUUCCAGGAUGAUAUCAGCCAGACCUACAGUUUCACAGAAUCCCCCUAUUGGGCUCAGGACAAGACUGAACAUCUCAAGACAAGCCUCCCAUUUGGAGAUGGAUUACAAAUCCCACCCGCACCACUGCUAGGCUGGGAUACGAGCUUUAAAUCAAAAGACCUCAACAAUGGAAAGGUAGAGAAUCAGCAUGGCACCUUAGUUGAGAUGUUUUCAAAUUGUGACUUGGGACAAGACGCUAAACUUCAACGAUCCCAUUCUGUGGGUGCUCUCACACCUGCGUUAGACAACACCCUCGUGCCAUCUUUCGGGAGCGAUCCCAAUGUGGCGCAGGGGUCUUUCUCGACUCAGUUUGACCCCGUCUUUCCCUUUCCUACCUCCUUUGAUCCUCCUCUAACUCCUGAAAGCAGUAGCCUCCCUGUAGCCCUCUCUCCUCUUGCAAAUAUUUCAACGACAAUGCCUCUCAGCCCAGCGCACGGUACCUCACCAAAACCAGCACUGGACGACACAGAGCAGCAAAAGGAAGCAGCCGACCAGCAGAGCAGCCCCCACUUAGUGAAGCCCCUGACGACUGCCAUGCUGGCUGAGGAGAAGCGGUCUGUGCUGGCCACCGGCCUGGAGAAGCUCAAGUCCACCAUCCACCCGGGGAGGAGCAGCCAGAACACUGAGCAGGAGACAGACAGGAGCAAGCCUCAGUCCCUGACGGAAGGAGCGGGCUCGUACUACCACCUGACCCACAGCGAACUGAUCGCCCUGCUGGUGCAGCGCGAGGCCGAUCUGGAGAGGCAGAAGGCGGAGUUUGAGCGUCAGAAACUUUUGCUGGCCAAGAGGGAGGUGGAGCUGAAGAGGCUGAAGCCACAGAUCAAAGACCUGGAGGACUACAUCGACACGCUGCUGGUGCGCAUCAUGGAGCAGAAGCCGACGCUUCUGCAAGUGCGCUCCAAGUUCAAGUAAAGCCAACCGAGGAGCAGCGGCUCAGUUUGCGUCUGUUCACUCAAAAACCUCCACAAAAAGCUCUUUAGUCUUUUCACUGUUAAUGCCAUCCUUUUUGAUACAAACAUUUAAGGCACUGAGAGAUGUCGAGUUGAACUUUUUCUAGUCGGCAUGCUUUACUAUUUGGAGACACGUCUUUUAAAGUCAGGUUGGGUUGGGGUGGGUUUGAAUGUAGCUCGUCCUCAGGUUGUCUUCAGGUUCACAAAGCCAGUUGGUGGGUUCCAAACCCAAAUGCUUCCAUUUGGGAUCCUGAUUGUAAAAACACCGAGUCCUAUUUUUCACUUCACGCAUCACUUUGAUCACCUCGGCGUAAAACUGAAGUUGUAGAUGUUGAUCCAGCAUGAAUGACCACUUUCUGAAAGUGUCACAGCUGUGUAGCAAGAAGUGAGUUAGUGCUUGAGGAGUGAAUAUUCCUUUUUAUUUUGUCCAAUAUCUGUAAACUGUCACAUCAGUGCCAGUUGUUCUUUACACAAACCUGUCAGAUUUUUAUAUUUAUUUCCCUUUAAGAAAGACAGAUCCUGUCGGUUUUAUCGAGUGCCUAGAAUUUACCUGCAAAUUCCUUAAUUGUCAUCUAUAAAACCCCAAAUGGAAUGUGACGUACAACAGAUGAGUUAAUGAAAGGAUUGUCUUGUGGUUUUUAUAGUGAUUUCUUGUCAAAUACUUACCAAAAGUGCUUUAUCACUGGUAACAUCAGAGCACAGCGUGUUAAUAAAAGGGCAGAAGUCUUUGACCAGGCUAGGCUAAUGGCUAGUCAAAUGAAAGCCAUUUUAAUCUGUUAUCAAACAAUUCUUUCUCCAAAAUGACAAACUGGUGGGAAAAAAGCUACAUCAGCCAAUAUUAAUCCUCUACAGCUGGGAUAUCAAACUCAGUUGCACAAGGGGGGGGGAAAACUUUCAAAGGGCCAAUUACUGUUAGUUAUUAUUGGAAAAAUGUUAUAUAUUGAGUCAAAAGUCACAGAACAUCCUUCUAUUUUCAUCCAAUAUGGCGGCUUUCAAGGUAGCAGCCAUGUUCUGGACAAGAUAGGCCCCUCUCAUUACUUCAUGGGACAUUCAGAUAUUUCAUUUUACUUUUUUUCUUAAACAAAAUGUUGUCUUAAGACUUUUGACUGUUGUUGUGUGGCUUUUGACUCACCCUGUAUAACAAACUAAUCUUAUAGAAAUACAAAUGACCCUUUCCAAAUGAUAUUUUAUGUAGCAUUUACAACAUACAUAACAGAUAAAGAGAUAAGACUAAAUUUAGAAAGACACUUCAUUAGCACCCAUUUCUCUGUCAACAUGUUUUCAGUUUAUUAUUUCUUAGAUAAAUUUUCUAUCUCUAAGAAAUAAUGAAUGAAAAAGAUACAUUUCAUCACAAUCCAGCAAAUCAAUAAAAAAUAUAACCCCCCACUAAACAUCCAGUUAUUUGACUUCAAACAGGAAGAGAAUACUGGAAAAGAAUAAAAUCUGAUUCACUGUUGCUCUUUCCACACCAAAAAUCAAAGAUCACUGAAAAACUCAAACUUGGUGUUCGUGCAGGGCUGAUAGCACGUCGGUGCUGUGCCCAAUCUCCAGUGUACCUGCAGAGAACACAAAAACAAUUGGUAGGCAGGGUGCUCGGUUCUGUUACAGGGUGGGGCGCCUUCCUUGGAGAAGGAAGAGUGGAGGAGGUGGAUAGUGAAAUUCCUUUGGGAGCUGCUGAAUGGGCUUACUAGGCCCAGGGGUCUGAGAGCUCAGGGGGUCCUGAAAGCCUGAGGCUCUGUCAGAGAAUCUCCUGUGCUUACAUUGAGUUUGCUCAUCUUCUGUCUGAAUGUUGUCCAUUUUAUAUUCACAAAAUUCACCAGAAUCUUUAUCAAACAGGCACACUCUGACCCCUCUAUGGAUGACCACCCAUGUGGAAGACAGACGUGUCAGAUCUGGUGUCAAGCUGGCUGACUGCUGCCAUACAAGUGGUUGGUCCGAUGUGGGUCAGGUCUGGCGAUGAUGGCCCUGUUUUUUAAGAUGGCAUGCCACAACUGGCCCUGUUAAUGCACAUGAAAAAGGAUUAGGGCCACUGAAAAUGAAUAAAUAAAUAAAUAAAAAGAAUUUGGACUUUAAUAUCGAAUUAGGAAAAAGUCAUAUGGUUAACCCAGAUGUUU